CAAAGGCUAAACUCGUUAUUUCCGGUCAGGAACAUGCGCAGAUAGCACUUCCUACUUGAGACGAAAGCUGGACGAAGUGAAAAUGUCGCGAUACACAAGGCCACCAAACUCAUCUCUGUACAUCAGAAAUGUCCCCGAUAGUACACGACCAGAUGAGUUGCGAAGUUUGUUUGGCAAAUAUGGACCCAUAAGUGAUGUUUAUGUCCCUACGGAUUAUCACACAAGAAGAUCCAGAGGAUUCGCAUACAUACAAUUUGAGGAUGCACGAGAUGCUGAUGAUGCGUUGUACCAUCUGGACAGAACACGCUUCUAUGGCAGAGAGCUUGAGAUCGAGUUUGCCAGAGGUGACAGAAAAACUCCUAAUCAGAUGAGGAACAAGGAGCGUGUGCGUCGCUCCCCAUAUGGUCGAGGCUAUUAUGACGACUAUGACCGAGGCAGUCGCUACAGGUCCAGAAGCCGCAGUCCCAGGAGGUCACGGAGCAGGAGUCCAAGAAGAAGGUCUCGCAGCAGAUCCUAUGACAGGAGAGGUUUUUCAUCCCGAUAUUCAUCUAGACGGUCUCGAUCCUUCAGUCGCUCUGUGUCACGAGGAAAGUCCCCCGGUGGCCAAAGUAGGAGUCCCUCAACUGAUAACUGAGUCUGCCAUGUCAUUGUUAAUCCUUCCUCUUAAAGCUUCAUGAAAAUUUUCAGAAUCUAGUAUAAUCUCUUCUGUACAUGUACUCGUAUGUUCUUUGUACAUAAUGUAUUGUAUGUAAAUCUCUAGUGGUGGUACAUCUGAUGAACAGAGCUUGAUAUGCUCCUUGUAAAUAUAUGUUAGGACUUAUGUUGUUGAAAGGACAACAUUCUCCACUUGUUAAGUUAGAGAUGCUUCUUUGAUGGUAUUACUGUUUUCAGCUGCUGUUAGUCACAUGUGAAUCUCUAAGUGUAGCUUGUGUAUAUUACUGUAAUGAAAUAAAGAUAUUUUCCAUGUCA